CUCACCGCCAGACGCGUCCCACGCUCCAAUGGCAGCCCAACCCACCAUGAAGGGCCUCGCCCUCGCAUAUCGUCAAACCCAUCGACACACCGCAUUUCUACCAUUGCCAUUGCAGCUGCCAUUCUUCUUUCAGAACUCCUCCCGCAGAAUCUCCUCCUCUUUCCUCCUCCACCACCAGAUCAUGACCAAGGAGACCACCCCUCCUCCCACCACUACCACCCACGAACCCCCCUCCCUUCCAGCCUCUCCCCUCGCCAAACGCACCAAGCCCAACACCACCACCACCACCACCACCGAAUCAUCCAAAAUGGGCUCCAACGGCACCCCCCUCCCCCCUCUCCAAGUGAAGAAGCUCACUCCCACCGGCCGCGCCCCGACCCGCGGAUCCGCCUUCGCCGCCGGCUACGACAUCUACAGUUCCAAGGAGACCGUCGUGCCCGCCAAGGGCAAGGUCCUGGUUGACACGGGAAUUGCCAUUGCUGUACCGGAGGGAACAUACGGCCGCAUCGCCCCCCGCAGCGGUCUCGCCUCGAAACACUUCAUCGAUACCGGCGCGGGCGUCAUCGACGCGGAUUACCGGGGUGAAGUCAAGGUGUUGUUGUUUAAUUUCUCGGAUGUGGAUUUUACGAUUCAGGAGGGGGAUCGUGUGGCGCAGUUGGUUUUGGAGAGGAUCUAUACCCCCGAGGUGGUGGUGGUUGAGGAAUUGGCUGAGAGUGUUCGUGGCGCGGGGGGGUUUGGAAGUACGGGUGUUUAAAAAAUUUUGGGGAUGAGGUUUGGGGUUGGAAUUGGUGGGUGGAAUUGGGUGGGUUAUGGCGUAUGAAUGAAAAGCAUGGCAUGAAUGAUAUACCAUUUACAUUAGAUUUAAAUUCACAUUUACAUUGAAA